GCUGAUCAGAAAAUAAGAGAACAAGAACAAAUUCUUAACAAUCUUAACAAUGAAAAUAAGGAAAUCAUAAGCUCUCUAGUAUCUAAUUAUAUGUUAGAGGAUGAUAUGCUCUUCGCAAAUAAUAAUGAAUUUUAUGGAUAUGAGGCACUAUCUAUAUCUGAAGAAUUGCCCGCAA